CCACAUUGCCGCCACCGAUGGCCGCGCCGGCUCUCUCGCCCCCAGCGCUCGCUCCCGCGCCGGCACUGUCGACGUCUCCUCCGGCCCUCGCGCCGGCGCCCGUCGUCCUCGCCGCCCCGGCUCCCGCGCCGAGCAAGAAGCCCAAGACAAAGAAGCACGUGUCCCCCGCCGCGUCCCCCCUCUCCGCCGCUUCGUCGCCGACCACCGGCCGCGGCCUCGCCCCCGGUCCCGGCCCGUCCGCCGCCGACAUGUCGAGCGACGCGGCGCGAGACCACCACAAGGCUACGGGAGGAGCGGCGCUGCUGAUGCUGGUUCUUGUUUCGCUGACGCUGGGCCCGGCGUUUGCCUGAGCAACCUUAGGAUGGAGGGUGGGGUCACUUGUCAGGCUGUCCACCGUCCGCUGUUACUACCGCUGCCACUGUUAUUACCACUGUUACCGUCGGCGCCACUGUUCCAACUACUAGGCUACUCCACUAAUUUUUGCUUGGACCCUGUGAACUGCAUCUGAUCCGCUGCACACCGUUGCUACUUCCUUCCCACGAUUAUUAUUAUCUUGUUACCAUGCUCUCUAAAUCGUCACUAGGUUGAUACUGUUGCUUUGCAAUGGAUACUUUUGAUGUGUGUUAUAUAGUUGUGCGCAUGAUUAUGAGUCAAUCUUGAAGCCUGGUUGUUUUCUA